UUUGCUUAUGUACAUACGUUAUGCGUUAUGCAAAAGUGUGUGCGGGGGCCUUAACAAUAGCAGAAUUUAUCUUCAAAAGUCCCUAGGAAACCAAGUUUCUUAUUGGAUAUCUGUGACAAACGUCAGCUAUAAAAUCAGUUUCCACUGAGUGCGUCAUCCGCGGCAUAAGUUAAUCAAUCAAAAUAUCCCAUUAUUGUAAUAUCAAAUGAUACAAUAAAAUGUUCCAAUAGAAUAGAUGACUCAAUGUUGACGCGCAUAGUAAAAACUCACAAUUAGAAUGGGAAAUUUUUAUUAGUUUAAGGAUACAAGCUUUUUUUUAACGCAUUACUAAAUACUCCAUAAAACUUAGAACUUAAAAAUCAACUUAAUUAAGUUAACGUAAAAAACUUAAAAAAACUUAAAAAAUGUAUGACUAUUAAAUUUUAAACAACCAUUAUAAAAUAAUUAAAAUACGCUUAACACGCGACAAAAUGACACAAAUUGGUGUAUCAACCAUCAAAUUAAUUAUUAUUUUUAAUAUUUUUUAUUUAAGAAAAUGUUAAUACAUUAUUAAUAAUAAAUUAUUUAAUUAUAAAUAAAAAGUCUCUUAAUUUCUUAAACAGAGAGUUCAUGACAAAUUUAAAAUUUAUAUUACGUCUUUGUGGCAGUCUUUUUGUGACAUGUAAAAAUAAAUGUUAAAUACACAUCACAUAAUCAGCCAUACACAUCAUAUAACCAAUUAUAAUUAAAUAUUGACAUCAAAAUAACGAUCUAAAAGGUAUAAAAUAAUUUUUGAAAAUUUUAAGUUACACAUGAACAAGUCACAGACUUUUUAAUUACAUUUUUAAGUUUUUACGCGAAAUACAAAUAAUUUCAUAAUUCUCUUAACUGUUGGCUAAGUUCAUACAAAUAUGAAAACAAGCUAAAGGUAUUAGUAAAAAAUAAACUUUGAAUAAAUGUCUUUAUAUAUUGAAUGGUUUUUUAAAAUCAGUCACUUUAGAUAUUGUCAACAGAAUUAUAAUUAAAUAUUAAUAUUUUAAUUAAAUGUCAUAUAUAAUGCAACAACACGAUUUAAAGAACGAUGGACAAGACGAAAAAGCAACAGAAUCUUUUAAAUACAGCCUAUUCCGUUCUAUCUCUGAAGCUAAAGAUGCGAAAACAGCAGUAUUGCUGUUACAAUCUGCAGAUAAGUCUAUUUUAUUGGCAAUUGUAGAGGCCCUAUCAAAGUAUGCUAGUAAAUCAAAAGACAAUGCAAAAAUACUUUUUAAUUUCGGCGUCAUAAACAAUAUUCUUCCCAUUAUUGAACAUGAAGAUACAUAUAUUCGAAGAUUUGCCGGAAAAUUAUUAACAGAAGUGAUAGCAGUACCAAAUGUGACAAGCUAUUUCAUCGAAUCUGAUUAUGUAGAAUAUUUAGUCAAGCUAUUAAUGACCGAAAAAGAUAUCUUUAUGCAAGAAUAUCUUUCUGCAAUACUUGCACAGCUAUCUAAAGAUCCAUGUGGUAAUGUUCUUUUAAUAAAAUAUUGCUCAAGCUUGAACCUUUUUUUUGAAGGAUUACAAUCACCAGAUCCGGACAUAAACAAGCAUAAUCUUGAGAUUCUGCAAAAUUUAAUGCAGGAUCCUGUAGGAGCGCGUGAAAUUUCGAGAAACGAGAAAUUUAAUUUCCCUUUAUUGUAUAAACACUGCAAAUCAAUAUAUCCAGAGAUUCAAUGUCUUGCGUUAGAUAUAAUUAUCGAUGUGAUUGCUAGGAACAAAGAUGAAGAUAUACAAUAUUUAUUUCUCGAAACAAACGGAGUUGAAGUGCUAUUAGAUUUUUUAAAAAAUGAUGAUUGGAAUAAUUUACACAUUAAAGUUCUAAAAAUAUUAAGUUUUGCUGCCGAAAAUCCAGUUGUCGUAGAUAAACUUAUUGACAGCGAAAGUAUUCCACAGAUACUAAAUUACAUAAAGCGUGCAGAAAAUCCGACAUUUCUUGCAGAAGCACUUAGAAUUAUUGUACAUGUCGCAAAUACUUUCAGGGGAAGAAAAGUAAUUUUGUGUAAUGUUUUACAUUCUUAUGAGAUUACUGAAUAUUUAAUAGGCACUUUACGAAAAUCGAUACAAUCUGAUGUUGUUGAAGUUACUUGUUAUGCAUUUGGAGAGAUAAUGUUCUUCAGUCCUGCUGCAAGAGAACUUACAAACACGGAAUCUGUGGAAACUAUUUUAGGUUGUUCAACUUAUCCAUUUAUCGACGAAUUCAAAAUUGUUUGCUGCAAUUUGCUUUCUAUACUAUGCUUAGAACAGAAUGGAAGACAUUAUUUUCUCAAAGCAAAUGGACUCCGAAGAAUGUUCGCUCUUAUUACUGAUGCUCAUUCAAUUUCAGUAAGGAACGCUGCAUUACAGUUUAUGCAAGCAAUUUCUACGGAUUUAAAUGUAGCAAAAGCCUUCGUAGAAAACAAAUAUCUUUCAUACAUGUUGAAUAAUCGUUCAUUUUCAAGAACGAUUAUUUUAUGGAAUACUUGCAUUGAGACUCUUCUUAAAUCACAUUUACCAAUCAAAUUUGCUCUUACGGGACGCUUGUCUCUACAUGAUCUUACUCAGGAUGGAUUUUACAUCUCAAGAAAAAACAUAUACCCAUUUCCUAUGUUGGAUGAUGCCUUUCGAUCUAAAUUUAGCCUGUUAGAACCCAUUUACAUGAUAAAUUGCAUGCGUCAUAAAACAUCGAAGACUUUUCAAAACAAUGCAGCUUUCGAAAGUAACAAAUGUUUUGUUACUAAUACUAAUACUAAUACUAAUCAAUUUUAUAUUUAUAUUUCUUUGCUAUUUGUACAAACAAAUUCUUAUAUACAUAUGAUAUACAGUUCGGCAGAGAGAAAUACAGAUAUUGGAUCGAUAAAUAUCCAAUGCGUUUUGUCGCGUGUAAAAAUGUUAGCUCGUUUCGUGGCGCGUCAAAUGUCUGGUGUCGAUUCAACGGGGACUAAAUGCAUCGACCGGCAACUCGAAGUUCAUUUGAAGCAGAUCAAAGAAUCUUUAGAAACGAGUGUGAUACCGCUCGGACAACUUCGCGUAGGCUCUUAUCUCGAGCGGGCUUUGCUGUUCAAGACGAUAGCCGAUAGGAUAUGUCUACCGACAGCUCUCGUCCGUGGGGAAUAUGGUGUCUCGUGGAUUGAAGUAGCUAUACCCCAAGUAAUAAGUACUAUUCAAGAUUGUCGAUUGACGACUUAUCCAAUCAAACUUAUAAAACCGAAUUUUAUCGUUGAUUUAAUGGAUUCACCAGGAGAUUUAAUUCCAAUUGGAAGUUCUCGCUCAAAAUUAUAUUGUAUUAAAAAAACCACUUGUAAUAAAACAUGCUGUUAUUAAAAAAAGAUUGAUAUACUCUUAUCUAAUACAAUUAUCUAGUACAAUUAUAUUUAUAUAAUUGUCUUAUAAUUAUAUUUUAAUAAAAACGUUAUAAAAAGUUCUAGAAUUUAUUAGUACAAUUUACAAAAAUUUCGUCCGUAUAUAAUAUAAAAGAAUAUAUGUUUUUAUUUUUUUUCUUAUAUAAAAUAUUUUUUAUAUAUAGUACCUGUCUAUACAUAUGUAAUAUUUUAUAAAUGAAUAUUU